AGAUCCAAUUCAUAUAAAAAUUUUCGAAAUUGCAUGCAGGUGCAGGAAGCUCAGAGAGUCCACGACACGCUAUCGAGAGAUUGUUGAGCACGCGAGUGGGUGGCGCGUGGAUGAGCCUUAUGCAUAGCAUAGCAAAGCAAUAGCACAGUGCGACAACAUAGCGCACUUGUUUCGUUGAUCACCGUUCUUCACCUGCCGGUGACGGAAUUCAAAAACACCCGCCUCUUUCUCUUUCUCUCUCUGUCUGUCACCAGAAUCUGUUCCAUUCAUCUUCUCUGGUUUCGAUUCCAAUUCGCUUGGGGGGGAGAGACAGAAAUAGAGAGGAAGUGGUUGUGACUUCAUUCUGGACCUAAAUCACUAUGAACUAUGAAUUAUUAUCAAGCAUUGAAUUAUUGAAAAUCUAUCUUACAUUGAAACUCAGAUCUGAAGAUUGAUGACAAAUAGUCUGGUUCUGUACCAAUAACAAAAAUCAAGUUGAGUAGUAUUUUGCUGGAAAAUAAUGGAAGCACAUCCUACUUUCUCCAUUGAAAGUUCAAAGCAACUCAAUAACAUGGGGAUGUCUGGAGCACUUUCUUCAUCCUUGUCAAUCCUUCCAAUACCCCCAGAAGAGUUGUUUCCCAAGCUGCCUGAAUCACAGCUGGAUUUUGUAGAACAAGAGCUUAUGAUAAGACCUUUUACUCAUUCAAGUUAUUUGAAUUCCGGUGGAGUAAUUGGGCAUAUUUUUUCGUCUUCCCCUGGAUAUUCAACUGAUCUUCAUCACUCAACUCUUUCAUCUGCUGAAAAACAUUCUACUAAUGCUCAUUUGAUUUCACAAUCAUCAACUAACAUCACCCAAUUUCCAUUAUCAUAUUCUUCAAAUACUGGACCACCAGCUUCAGCAACACCAAGUCAUUAUUCCAAAGAAAACAGUGUUUCCUGGCAUACAGAUUCCCUGCCAGGCUUUCUGGAUUUUCCUGAAAAUGGCUCUAUUGAUAAUAAUCCGGUAGAAAGUAGUGCCUGCCCUAUAAUGGCAUCUGAGGAGUAUUCUAAGCAAAAUGAUUGGCAGGAGUGGGCUGAGAGGCUAAUCAGUGAUGAUGGCACAUUGACUUCUAAUUGGAAUGACCUUCUUGCUGACAACAUUCAAGAUCUUGAGCCAAAGGGGCCAUUCCAAGUUUCAAAACCACUUUCACAGAUUCCAGGACAUCAAUCCCAAGGUCAUCAACAACUUCCUGCUUCAUAUGGAGAAAAUUGCGCUGGUGCUGCCCUCUCUUCCUCAGCAAAUUCUGCUCCUGCUAAGUCACGAAUGCGUUGGACACCAGAACUUCAUGAGGCGUUUGUGGAGGCUGUCAACCAACUUGGGGGGAGUGAAAAAGCUACUCCAAAGGGUGUGCUGAAGCUCAUGAAAGUUGAAGGAUUAACUAUAUAUCAUGUUAAAAGCCAUUUGCAGAAAUACAGGACAGCUAGAUAUAGACCGGAGUCAUCUGAAGGAGUUAUGGACAAAAAAACAAGUUCGGUUGAAGAGAUGUCAUCUCUAGAUUUGAGAACUGGUAUUGAGAUCACUGAAGCUCUACGAUUACAAAUGGAGGUUCAGAAGCGGUUGCAUGAACAGCUUGAGAUUCAAAGAAACCUACAGUUGCGAAUAGAAGAACAAGGUAGAUGCCUCCAGAUGAUGUUUGAGAAGCAAUGUAAACCUGGAACUGAAACGUUCAAGGCACCAUCAUUUACCACCAUUGAGACUCCAUUUGGGAUGUCUUCAAAUGCUACGAAAGAUUCCCUUUCCAAAAAUGAAAUGGAAGCAUCACUAGUACUGGACCAUUGCAGUUCAGGACCUGAUCAGGUUAAUGGCAGUACCAGAGUUGAGGAAGGCUCAUUGGAAAAGUGUGGGAAGCCUGAUUCUCCCAAAACUCAACAUGCUAUAGCUAGUGAAGAUAGUGCUCAAGCCCCAAAGCGUCAAAGAACUGAGUAAUUAAGCUAUAUGAAUCUGCUGAAUUACAGUAUCAAUAGUGAUACUACAAGACAAUACUGAAUCAUGAAAGAUUUAAUUUUAAGAAAGAUUAGGCUGAAUGAUUGGUCGAGCUCGUAACUUAUGAGUCCCUCCUGUCCAAUUGUGGUCAAUGAAUGAGUACAAUGUACAUUUAGCAAAAGAUAUGGCCUCGGUUACUUGAAAGGCUGAUGUUAGUUUUGCCGUUAGAAAUCCACCUUGGUAGAGUUUGUAAAUAUCAGUAUCACUGUAAGUGCCAUACUAAACUUGUGCACACUCUAUCCUUAGAAUGCGGAACCCUUCCUGAGCUCUAUACUUUAUGCCCCAGAAAAAGAAAAUAGCAAAAAAUAAUAAUUCAAGUCAACGAGCUCAACUUGAUGAUAUCCGAGGUUCAA